UUGCUCWUGUGAAAAUAUUUUCUGAUUUUCUAUUAUUGAAGUGAAAUAUUUUGUAGUUUUCACAAAAAAUUGUGCGUUUGCAAUUUGUGUCGUUUGACAACUUUCGAAAAAAUAAAAGUUUAAGUAUAAAUACAAAGUAACAUGUYGCAGCUAAUCCGACAAGUAACGCUGCUAUCCUGUCGUACACCUAUCGCACAAUCGCAACGUUUCCGUGGAAAAAUCAAUAUACAACGUCCAAAGGCGCCCCACUAUGAACGUGCCAAAGUGCUAGCUGCCGCCCAAUAUUUGUCGGCUAAAGUUGAAGAGCCCAAAAAGAAAGCAACAUGUUUUCAACGUCGACAACGUGAAGCAGAUAUAGAGAAUCCUUAUAUUGCGGUAAUUGCACGCGAAGUACGCAAUUGGUUUGAACAUUCACGUAUGGUUGGAUUCUAUCAUUUAAAUUCCAUCAAAGCUGACGAUCUAUUCGCCCUACGCGUACAACUGCACAAACAAAAUAUGCAUUUAAAAGCGUAUGGUAAAAAAAUUGUACAAAAAGCUGUUGAAGGCACACGUUUUGAAGCAAUUCUACCAUUAUUCGAAAGCAAUAAUUGUGUGGUUUUCUCAACUCAGCCGCAGGUGUCGCAACUUUUGCGUAUUACACGUCGUGUGCCACAAAUGUUAUUGAUGGCUGGUAUAGUUGACGAGUGUUUACUAAAUCGCAAUGAGUUUACGGCGUACGCACAAUUACCGGGUCUGCAGGCAGCGCAAGGAGAAUUAGUACAAACACUAAAUAUGGCAGCGAGCAAUGUUGUUCAGCAAUUGGAAACUCAUCAAAAGAAUUUUGUCAAUGUGCUCGAUGUAUACGCAAAGAGUGAGGCUAAUGAAAAUGCGCCUGCCAAGGAGGCAAACGAAGAGGAGAAAGCGUGAAGUAAAUUGAUACACUAGUGCCUACAUAUUUAAUAAAAACAAUUUUAAUAGAAUUAAAAAAAAAAAAACCAGUACAUACUGUCAAAAAAGAAAUUACUAACAAAGUGUUUAUGUGUGAAAGUGUUUGUAUGAGUGCUAUAAGUACGAGAAAACUAGAUAUAAUUGAAUGGCGCAAAUAAGAAAAUCUACUUGGCUGCCUUUGGGGAAUAUGAAUAUUUUUAGCUUUCAAUUCAAAUAAGCGCAUUAAUUUAACAUUGUGCAAUAAUGAUAUCCAAUGGCMACAUCUGAAAGUUGCAACGUUGUGAUUGGAGAUAUAAUCGUACUUUUGCAAUAGGUUAUGCCACUUGAAAUUGCCCCCACAGUACUCGAACCAACUCUAGCCACUGUAGGUAGCUAUGGCAUUCCAUAAAGUACUUGACCGAGCGAGCGUCCACUUGGCAGCAUGGCUGUGCGUCGCUCUGGCACGGGUCGGUGGAUUCGAUUCGGUCGUCGUGAUUGCGAUGUGCUUUUUUUUUGCAGCAACAUUAAAGCCAAUGUGUAUGUAACGAGUGAGUACCUACUACAACUACUAGUACUUACCAUCAUGCAAGCCCGUUUAUCGAGGGUGGAGUCCAAGCACCGUUGAUUGGCCUGCCAACUCUGUUGCAAUGUUGUGCCAUUGGUAGAUAAUUUUAUAGGCAUUUUGAGCCUAUAAACGAAAACCGGAAAUAAACGAGCGAACAAAUGAAUUAAUAUUCCUUCUCAAGUACGAAUGUUGUUGGCGCGCUUACAACUACAAACGAGACAAUUAAUUCGCUUAUGUUUCACCGACGAGGGGAAAAGCUUUGAUUAGCCUGGAUAACGAUUGAACAUUUUAAGGCUUUAGCUUCCACCCUCCAGCAGACACCAGCCAGCAGCUGUUUCCAAGCGGCCAUUCUACAAAUGUUUACAAAUCCAUAAGAUACUAUUACGCCACAAAUGCACACACCCAGACAAAAUGUGUAGCUACAAAACAAAGCAGCUACUCGUUUUCCUGGUUGCCCGCUUUUCCAUACA